AUGUUUAGAUUUCGACGGCAGAAGACAUCCACGUCCGAUGCAUUGUCCAUCGUGGAGCUGAUGGUUCACAUGGACUGCGAAGGAUGCGAACGGAGAGUACGAAAAGCCAUCUCCAAGCUAAACGGGGUGGACACAGUGGAGAUCGACAUGGACAAGCAGAAGGUGACGGUCACGGGCUACGUGGAGGAGAGGAAGGUGAUCAAGGCGGUGCGGCGCACGGGGAGGAAGGCCGAGCUGUGGCCGUUCCCUUACGACGCCGAGUACUACCCGUUCGCGCUUCAGUAUCUGGAGGACUCCACCUUCUCCUCCACCCACAAUUACUACCGCCAUGGAUACACCUCGACGGUGCAUGGAUACUUCCCUGACCCCGCCUACUCCAUGAUCGUCGAUGAUCAUGCUUUUGCGCUUUUCAACGAUGACAACGUUCAUGCAUGUGUGAUCAUGUAAACAUCGCAUGUAUUUGACAUAGUCAUUGGGCUUUGAUCAGUCGUAAAUCAACCACUAAAAUAAUAACAGCGAUUUUGAUAA